AUGAGCAACCCUUGGAACGCAAAGCUAGUGGAGGAGCUUCUCUUUCGUCAAUAUGAAAAAGGCGAGGACGUGUCAAUGCUGCUCCCCCCACCACCUGCAUUAUCGGUUGAUCAAUACCUGAAGGAAUACGAGCAGAGCACCAAAGUUCUCUUCGCAUAUGUUCGGAAUGGUCCAGCCAAUGCUCUCACGCCGCAGAAUAUCAAUAACCCAAGGAUGUACGGUGGUACCCCAACGAAGGGCUCGUCUUCCAUGCAACGUACAGGUAACCAAGGAGGUGCGACAUGCGCAACAACAUCAUCAUCCUCGGCAUGUGGUGUGGAUUCUAAGGCACAAAUGCAACGCCAUCCUCGAGGGUUGGAUGGCUCCCAAUCCGCUGCACCAUCUCUUCCCCUCACAGCGGGAGACGCUGCAGCGGGACAGGGAAGCAUGGCCCCACCAGAACAUAUAAGGAAGCGCAUUGAGUGGCCCGCCACUGUGCCCACCAACUCCGCGUUAAAAAGCAACAGCCGCUCAAGGGUAGCGAAUUUAACCACAAAAAGAGUAGCAGCACAGGAGAGAGUGGACCCGGAUCUCAUAUUUAUGCAAAACCCUGAGGAGUUGCCGCUUCAUACGAUCUUUGCUAAGUAUCCCAAGGCCGUCGAAUCCAUUGCGGCCCUUCGUGGUGGUAGCGGUGAUUGGCGUGAGGAUACUUUUACAGAAGAGGAAGAAAUCCUUUACAAGCGCGAGCUGCGUUACAGUCACAUGGGACCAAGUCAAUGUGGUUUCUUCCGUUCAAACUUGAUUCAAAGGUGA